UUAGCUGUGUAAUUUUUUUGUGUGCUGUGAGCCACGUGAUAUAUCAUGUGAUGUGUCAUGUGACCAAGCACUUAGCCUGUCCUAUGUAAUUUAUGUGAUAAUGGAUCACCACUGUCACAGGCUUGCCAGCGUCUCAAUUUCAUUGCUCCGCGCUUGUGGACACGAGUAAUAACUUCGGCUCUCUCCGACACGGAAUAUUAAAUCCAUCAACCGGCUCAGAAGCAGCCCCAGUUCCGCUCAUCACGUUGGGCUUCUUCAAUCUUUUCGCCAUCUCCAACAGCUGCACACAAUCAUUGCCAAGACGCUCCAUCGCCGAAUGAGGAAGGCCCUUAAGAAGUAGGAAGGAGGAGCACGUGCAGCGAGAUUGUGUUUGACAGUCGGCAUUCCAAGGGAUAGCGUGAUUGGGUAGGUGCUUGCGGUAGGUUGGCGCUUGUUGCUUGGCGCUGCCGAGGCGGUUGGGGAAAGUUGAACGCGGCGUCAAGGGGAUUGGAACUAAGAUGCCGACGUCCUUCCUAUAUCUGUUUUCAGCGCAUCUGAACCGUACAAAGUAGAGCAUGACUACUGGGACUACAAUACGGCCAAGGGGCGGUUCAUACGAAUAUAUUGAUUCUCCAUGAGGUAGCCCAACCACAAGUACACCACUUAUGUACUGUAGGAGAGUACGUACGUGGUAUGAGACAUGGCAUGAGUGCCGUACCGAGGGUGAGCACGUCCCCUAUAUACAGUUUAUAGUACAGCACUUCACCCUGCAUGGCCGAUAUAUAGCCAGGCGGUUGCCGACGCACCUGCUCCAUACGAGCGGAGCACAGAGCACGGCAGAAAGCUUCGCGCAUACGCCGGCCAUAUGUCGGCCGUUAGCAGCGGGUGUUUUCUUAAGCUAUUGCGGGGAGCCACACCCAUUGACUAGUGGCACAAGAUGGGGGGAAAGGGACAGGUCGGUUUCAGCAGUGUCCUACUUUACAGUUCUGUACCAAUAAACUGUUCUGUGCCUUCCUGUAUGGGGCCCUUAGGGUGGCCUGUACUACCUCGUACACCGUGGAACACUAAGGUCCGUGACGGCGUCGAGGCGCGAGUCCGUCUUGCCACCAACAAGUGAUAGGAUGUCGUAUCGGGCAGGCGGCCAAGGGUGCUGCCGCUGUCCUUCUUCACACCUGCCACAUCUGGCCUGAGACCGUCCUUCAACCGAUAGUACAACACUAUAGCCAUCCCAUGGUGCCAUGGUCUGGCGCUGGUCUCAGUCCCACAGGAUACCCACAAGGAGCUCUAUCUUCCAUCCAACAUCCCUCCUGCGAUCUGCAGCCCGCCACUCAUCCCUUCUAUCUCCGUAUCUAGCAAGGAUAAUCCUCCUGUCACUCCAAUCCCCCCUGUCCUGCUAGCUAUCUCGACUGCAAUUCUGGGAAUACGGUCUAGUCGUCUACCACUGUAUCGCUCGUGGCCAUGGGUGAUGACAGACUGGGGUCGAGGUUAGGGUCGCACGACCGCCCUUAGCCGUGGCCAGGAGCUGUCUCAAAUGCGCAUAUAUUCUUGCCAGUCCCCCGCUCCCUUGAUGCAUAGAAGCUACAAGUUUCCAGACACGGUUGUUCCGCCCCAACCUACCUUGACCGAGAGACGACGAUCAUUAUGGAGAAGGAUAAGUCCAUCGCCGGCGAGACUCCGGUCUACGUCGACAUGUCGGGGUCCAACGAGGUCAUCGAUGAGAAGGCUGAACAUGUUAGCCAUCACGAUGCGUUGGACUCGAAGGCUGCCAACGUCACCGCCUACCAGGUCGAGCCCAUUCAGGGCGAGACUCACUCUUUGAAGGAUGAGCUUUUGGCAGAUGAGGAGAUUGACUUGUUCAAGCCCUUCCCCAUCGACCCUUCUCACCCUGUCGAGGAACAUAUCCUCACAAUCCGCGCCUUGGUGACCGGCAUCGCCCUCGGCGCCCUCGUCAAUGCCUCCAACUUAUAUCUCGGUCUUAAAACUGGUUUCACCUUCAGCGCAAGCAUGUUCGGUGCCAUUUUCGGGUACGGUUUUAUCAAGUUCCUCUCACGAACCACAGGUAACAUGCCUAUCCUCGGCGGUUCCUUUGGACCACAGGAGAACACCAUCGUCCAGGCCGCUGCUACUGGAGCGGGUGGUAUCGCUGGUCUCUUCGUCGCGGCCCUGCCAGCCAUGUACCAGCUUGACCUGAUGAGCAGCCUGCCAAUCGAUGAUAUUGGAAGGAUAUUCACUAUCACCCUGAUCUGUUCUUUCUUCGGCCUCUUCUUCGUGACCCCACUUCGUCGAUUUUUUAUCAUCCAGGUGGCUAAGGAGCUCAGACUGAUCUUCCCUACCGCGACGGCAACCGCUCUCACCAUUAGGUCUAUGCACGCUGCAGGCUCUGGUGGUCUCGAUGCCGUUAGGAAGCUGAAGGCUCUGGGUUAUACAUUCAUUGCCGCUGUGAUCCAUCGUGUCGCAUCAUACUAUGCCAUUGGUAUCCUCUACGACUGGCACGUGUUUACUUGGUUCUACAUAUGGUCUGGGCACACUAACUGGGCGCUCAACAUUGAAAACUGGGGCUGGUACAUCGAAAUCACUCCUGCCUUCAUCGGUUCGGGUAUGCUCAUCGGUCUCAACUCGGCCCUUUCUAUGUUCGGUGGUGCAGUCCUCGCUUGGGGCAUAAUCGGGCCUCUCCUCGUCCACUACGGAGAGUGUAUCGGCAAGGCCUACGAUCCGGAAGACCCAAUCUGGCACGAUUACACGUCCUUCAGCUCUCUGAAGAACCUAGGCAAGGAGACUCCCUCACCACGUUACUGGCUCUUAUGGCCGGGUGUCAUGAUCAUGGUGUGCGCGUCGCUCGCUGAACUCUUCAUCCAGUACAAGGUCAUCUGGAUCGCCUUCAAGUCCGUAUUCCGCCAAGUCAACACUUCCAUCGACGAGGCGGCGAGGAAGCGCGGCAAAGUUAUCCCUUUCUGCGCUCGCCAUGCCGGUACUAUGGACUCAUCCGACCUCGUCGAGGACCCAUUCCCAGCGGAGCAGCAGGUUAAGGACUGGAUGUGGAUGCUUGGCCUUACCGUAACCCUCGUCAUCUCUUUCAUCAUCUGCCACUUCCAGUGGCAGAUGAACGUCGGCCUCACUAUCUUGGCAUGCGUCCUCGGUUUCAUAUUUGCCUUCCUCUGUAUCCAGAUCGGCGCCGUCACUGAUACCACACCGCUCACCGCCGCCUCCAAAGCUUCUCAGCUCGUCUUUGGUGGUGCUACUUCCGGCCACGGUUACUCCAUCAAGGAUGCACAGCGCCUCAAUCUCAUUGCUGGAGGUAUCGCCUCCGGCGCUGCCGAUGUGGCCACCAACCUUACUGCGGAUUUCCGUACUGGUUUCCUCCUCCGCACCCCGCCUCUGAAGCAAUGGAUCGCCCAGGCCAUCGGCACCCUGGUCUCCGUUUUCCUUGCCCCUGGCAUGUUCGUCCUCUUCACCUCCGCCUACCCCUGCAUCAUCCACCCCGACGACUAUGACCACUGUCCCUUCCAGGCUCCGUCCGUGGCUGCUUGGGCCGCUGUCGCCCAGGCCGUCACCGACCCCAGCAUCGGCAUCCCCAUCAAGGCCGGCAUCUUUGCCUGCGUUAUGGGCGCCGUGUCGGUCAUCCAGGUCAUCUUCCGUCACUACUACCUCGUCGGUGAGCGUGAGAAGUACCGCGCCUAUCUUCCCAACUGGGGUGCCAUCGCGCUCGCCUUCGUGUUGCCCGUUCCAGUCUUCACCAAUGCGGCGCUCCUUGGUGCCAUAAUCGCUGCUGUCUGGCGCAAGUACCGCUAUGCCAGCUGGGAUAUCUACGGAUAUGCUGUUGCGGCUGGUAUGAUUGCUGGAGAGGGUAUGGGUGGUGUCGUUGGUGCCGCGCUGCAACUCGGAGGUGUUUCUGGGGAUGUGUACGGAACGAACAUCGGAUGCCCUAUGCUCUCGUGUUAGUUGGAGGGCGAGGAUGUAUGUUGGAGGUAUGGGGCUAUAUACUAAGUUCAGUGAGCUAUGUAGAACAUUACUAGACUGACUGGUGCUGUUGAACGGCCGCUAAUGACAAUCGGUUGAUGAAACUCCAUGUAUUUUCGUGAUUCUUGUGAAAUUGCUUCUACGAUAUCUCUAUCCAAGCGUGAUCCUUUCACCUUCCACGUCCUCAACUUCAACAGUAUAUCAGCUCUAUAUCCCUCACCAACUUCAUAAAGUCGUCUCAUAAUUUGGCUGUAGAUGAGGUCGUGUCAACCUUUUAAGGUUCUGAGAGGCGC